UUUAUUGUUUUGUUGCUUUGGGGUUUGGGGGUUGGGGAUGAAUCGGCGGAUGUGAUGGGGGCGGGGUUUUCGCAUGUGUUUCCCUGUUUCAAUCCGGCCGGCGGUCCGAACCGGUCUGAGCCGGACGUGAUUUUCACUUCGAACGUACCGCUGGACGAAACCCUCGGCCACUCCUUCUGCUACGUCCGCUCCUCCGCACGAUUCAUCUCCCCUACUCACUCCGAUCGCUUUCUCUCUCCUUCUCAGUCACUCCGCUUCGACGAUCCCAAGCCCUCCAAACCGGAGACCGGUUUCCGCGCUAUUUCCGGCGCCUCCGUUAGUGCCAACUCUUCCACUCCCAUAACCGUCCUCCAACUUGACGAUAUUUGCACCGAUGCCCCCGAUGCGCCGCCCAAUCAUUGCAGCAAUACCGCUAUUUGCAGCAGCAAGGGUUUUCUACCCAGGGGCGGCGCCGGUGGUGGUGGUGGUACUAAUGUUAUGCUUGAUGGAUUUGAGAGCACUUCCUCAUUUAGCGCCUUGCCCUUGCAGCGGGUGCCACGUGGCAGCGAGCCGCCCUCAGCCCCGCUAGAGAGGGCCUUCUUCAUGUCUGGCCCUAUCGAGCGCGGGGCCCUCUCCGGGCCGCUGGAUAAGAGCAUAUCGUCAAUACGAAAAGCAUUGUACCGGAACUUCUCGGUGGUUCCUGUGCGGAACUUCAUUAGCGGUGGAGGAAGGAAGGAUGUCCCUCAUGGAGAUGAUGGCUGCAGAGAGGCGGUAGAAGGGCUUAGGGAAGAUUGUGAGAGCAAUGUGCAGUGGGCCUUAGGGAAGGCGGGUGAGGAUCGGGUGCAUGUGGUUGUAUCGGAGGAGUUAGGCUGGUUGUUUGUCGGAAUUUACGAUGGAUUCAAUGGACCUGAUGCACCUGAAUUUUUGAUGAGUCAUUUGUACAAAGCCAUGUAUAAGGAAUUAGAGGGUUUGUUUUGGGACACAGAGGAUGUAGCUGCAGCUUCAGAAAACGCAGAUGCUGUGGCGAAUUUGUAUCCGUCGGAUGUUAAUACAGACAAUCACCAAGAGUUUAGAGAUAUGAAAGAAGGUGAAGCGAAAUCACAGGUAGUUAAAAAGGUGGUGUUUGGAGGGGAACAAAUCGAGAUUAGAAGAAGGAGAUUAUGGGAAUUCUUGGUGGAGGAUGAAACAGAAGAUGGGCUUGAUCUAUCAGGCUCAGAAAGAUUUGCAUUCUCGGUUGAUGAUGCAUUGAGCGUGAACAAUGCUGGUUCAGCCGUGAGUAGGAGGUCUUUAUUGUUGUCGAAGCUGAAACACGGAUUGUUGAAUAGGCAUAAGGAUAAGGAUAAGGAGGGUAAAAGGUUAUUCCCUUGGAGAUUUUGGUUGGAGGGGAAACAUAAAGCAGCGGAGGAAAUGAUGGAGAGUAAUGAACCAGACGAUGGUGAGAUUGAGAGGGAGAUAAUUAGUACAACUGGUAGGAGGCGAAAGGUAGGGUCAGUUGAUCACGAGUUGGUUUUAAGUGCCAUGUCUAGAGCGCUUGAAGUGACUGAACAAGCAUACUUGGAUAUGACCGACAGAGUUCUUGAUCGAUACCCAGAGCUUGCGUUGAUGGGUUCUUGCUUGUUGGUUGCAUUGAUGAGGGAUGAAGAUGUAUAUGUAAUGAAUGUUGGAGAUAGCCGAGCCAUUGUGGCACAGUACGAGCCUGAAGAAGGAAUAUGUGGUUCAGAAUCACAAGGUGCUGGGAAUGAUGAGGGCAUAGUUGAAGAGUCAGCUGGUGUUAGUGAGAGGGAGAGUAAAGCAGUGAAUGAAGCUCAUGCUCAUCGAUUUAUGAGUUUGACUGCAUUGCAGUUGUCCACUGACCAUAGCACAAGCAUAGAAGAGGAAGUUAUUCGAAUCAAGAAUGAGCACCCAGAUGACAGAAAUUGUAUAGUGAACGAUAGAGUUAAAGGCCGUCUCAAAGUUACCCGAGCAUUUGGAGCUGGAUUCCUUAAACAGCAUAAGUGGAAUGAUGUAUUGUUAGAAAUGUUUCGGAACGAUUACAUUGGUACUGCACCGUACCUAUCGUGUUCACCUUCUCUUCGUCACCACAAACUGUCACCCGGAGAUCAAUUUUUGGUGCUUUCAUCUGAUGGAUUGUAUCAGUAUUUUAGCAAUCAAGAAGUGGUUUCCCAUGUGCAGAAUUUCAUGGAGAGGUUCCCUGAUGGAGACCCUGCUCAGCACCUCAUAGAGGAGCUUCUUUUCCGUGCUGCCAGAAAAGCUGGAAUGGAUUUUCAUGAGCUUCUGGACAUUCCACAAGGAGACCGUCGAAAGUACCAUGACGAUGUUACUGUAAUGGUGGUAUCUCUUGAAGGAAGAAUCUGGAAGUCCUCAGGAAAGUACCUUUGAGCAUUCGGC